AUGAUCACCUUCAACUUUGGCCACGCAAACGGUUCAGCUCCGGCCGGUGGAACUUCAGAAAGUCUGUCGUGGCAACUACAAGAAGCUGCGCGUGUUUCAAUGGAAAUCGCUGUUCGAUCCGAGGGCUGGGAAAACAAGCACAGCAAUACGCUUCUUGUUGCUUUAUUCCUUCUCGCUUGGUUUGAGAUCACCUGUGACAAUGCAGAUAACGCCCGGCCCUCUUUCCCCUCCACUCUGGCAGAAGACAUUAUUGUGAAAGGUCGAGACUGGAACUCGGGGUCAACCCACGUAUUCCAAUGGCUUACGCUUCUUGAUUCGAAGAUGUCCCAUAUGGGAGGCCGCCAUCUCUUGACCGAAGGUGCCCACAAAGUGGCUUUGCAACCAAGACCUACAGUGUCUCCUGACGAAGACGUUGACGAUGAAGAUAGCGAGAUAUCUGUGGAGAGCUGGGAGCCCUCGUCUCAUGACAGCACAAGAGUUAAUGGAUAUCCAGAGACUCCCCAGAAUCGUCUGGCCUAUUUGCUGUCGUCGCAACCACCACUGUCACCGUCGCCAAGGGUCAUCAGGGCGGACAUUUUCAACAUCAUCUUGCAGCCCGCGUUUGAGUUUCAUAUAAAAUCACAGGCAUACUCUAGACGCAUCGGAUGUCACGAUCGCCAUCACAGAAUACGCGAGACACCUGAGGAUGAGUAUGAAGUCAUCACCGCCUGCAGAGGUUAUGAAGAAGAGCUGCAGGAACUUUGGAGGCACAGACCAGGAAUAUUAAAUCUCAGUGCACGCCAACUGAAGCAUUUUGUGAGCGAAAGCAUCGCCAAGAGGCUGGAGCAACUUUUCAGCGUCUAUAUCGCAACCUUCUGGGCGCAUUUUCUUUACAUUCACCGAGUUGCAUUCUGGGCCCUGAAGCAUACGGCCAUUGCAAGGAAAGCCGUGAAAGAGACGGGAGACAUGCUCCGUCGUAGCGUUGGGCAGGCAGCAACAGAUGUUGCAUUUGAUGCAGACGUCCCCCGCCUGUCAGACAAUGUGAUACAUCCAGGGCUUAUGUGGACUUGUUAUCUGUUUGGGUGCGAGGUGGCAGAUCCUGUGCAGCAGGAUUGGACUGUUCGUCAACUCAGGGCGCUAGGAGAGCUGCAGCCAACUUGCGAGGGUGGCUCCAAUGACGAGGACGCCGCCAGGCUACAAUCUCCGCGUCUGGACACAAAGGGUGCGCAGAACGCCCUCAAAAUUGAAAAGAAUGAAGAGAAAGAUGUGGAAAUGGUUGAAGAUGUCGAAACCCCCCGUUCCACUGGAGCUCUCUGUCCGGAUAAAGACAUGGAGAGAAGGAUUGUGCGCAAAAUUGACAUUCGGCUGAUGCCUUUUACGGCACUGAUUUACCUGCUAUGCUACUUGGAUAGAUCGAACAUCGGCAAUGCAAAGAUCCUCAACUCUUCCACUGGAGACUCUCUCCUCGAUUCGACUGGUAUGACCAACUACCAGUACACAAUUGCCCUCAUGGUCUUCCUCGUCUCCUACACAGUAUUCGAGGCUCCCAGCAACUUGGCGCUGAAGGUGUUUUCACCUAAUAAAUGGCUGGGCUUUCUCAUUAUUGGUUUUGGCAGCUUUUGUACUGGCAUUGGUGACGCCAAUAGCUUUGCCUCUGUCGCGGUUCUUCGAUUCUUUCUCGGAGCGUUCGAAUCAGGGGUGUUUGCCGGAAUGAUCUUCUACAUGAGCUUCUGGUACAGGCCCGAGGAACGUGCCUCUCGCAUAGCCAUUUUCCUCGGAAGUGCCACCCUUGCCGGUGCUUUCGGAGGGUAUGUCUCGAGAGACCAGAUUGUUCUAUGA